GUCGGGGAUUUAUUAUCGGUACGACCGUGCUAGCUCCAUUCCGGUAACGCCCAUGUGGAUGCAUAUCCGACGUUUUCCCCCGCCAGGCUUACCUACCUUACUUACCUAUUACCUAUUUCUUGAGCUGAUCGGCCAAACUGCCCGCCAUUCGCAUCCAUUCAUUAUCUCGUUACCAGUAAUAACAACGUACCACCCCCGUUCACCACGAGCCACCGUCACAUCCGGGCGUAUACGGCCGUCUGAAGAAAGGGACUGGGAUCGUUAAUAAUUCCUAGUAUCCCUACGCAGCCCUGUUCGCCCUCAUCCCGGGUUGGCCAGUGCCAUCGGAUAACCAGCCAUCCUUCCGCAGACCGACGAUAAUAUCGCCC